UGCGGCAUUUGAAAUACAACGCGCUUUAACGAAGCGGCGGCGGCGGAAGGACAAGGAGUCAACGAGCUGGUCGCCUGGAUACAAAAAAGAAAUUAAAAAAAGCAAAGAAAAAGGGGGAAUAAAACAAUAAUAUUCUCAUAAACAUAUAUCCCAAAGGACUUUACCCUCCGGGAGCGGAAACGAACAUGAUGGAGACGGCGGUGCUGAGCCUCCAGAGUCUGUACGACACGCUGAGGACGCAGGUGGACGUCCUCAACGAGAACAUCGAACCCAACUUCAUUCAGAUGGCACAAAACUUCGACGACUGCCGUCGCAGGUGGCUGAGGACGGAGCAGGAGCUGGGCUCCUGCAAGGAGGUCCUCACCAAGGCGGAGACGGAGCGCGGAGCCCUGGAGGUCAAACUCAAACACGCCCGCAACCAGGUGGACGUGGAGAUCCGGCGCAGGCAGAAGGCCGAGGCCGACUGCGAGAAGUUGGACCGUCAAAUCCAGCUGAUCCGUGACCUGCUGACCAGCGAGGGCUCCAGCAACAGCAUCCAGCUGAGUGCAGAGCAGCGCUCGGCUCUGGCCUUCCUGAACACCAACUGUCAGGCGGCGGCGGCCAGCCUCAACACCAGCCGGAGACUGAAGACAAUCGAUGAGUCCGCCUCGAUCCUGUCAGAUAUCAGCUACGACAAAACGGACGACUCUCUCGACUGGGACUCCUCCAACAUUAGGACGGUGCGACUGAAAAAGCGAGAAAAAAGGCGCUCCUCGAGGAACCACGUGGACGGUCCUCCACUCGCCUCCAAGAGGUCUCGAUCAACAGGCAGAACCUCGGAGAGGGGAAAUGAGACUCUGGUGACAAAGACCACGGUGACUGUCCCUGCAAACGGAGGACCCGUGGAGGCGGUUUCUACCAUUGAAAGUAUUCCGUACUGGACUCGCAGCCGGCGAAGGACUGCCGCCAUGGAGUGGGACUCUGAAUCCCUCAAGUCCGAGGACGUUGUCUUCAAGCAGCCCGGCGUCCCUGAGGGAAGAGCCCAGCCCAGCACGCCGCAGAGCAAUGGGGGCGGCGUGCGCCUUCACGAGUUUGUCUCCAAAACCGUCAUUAAGCCGGAGUCCUGCGUUCCCUGCGGGAAGAGGAUCAAGUUUGGCAAGAUCUCCCUGAAGUGCCGAGACUGCAAGGUCGUCUCGCACCCCGAGUGUCGCGAGCGGUGCCCUCUGCCGUGCAUCCCCAACCUGGGCGCCACACCGGUCAAAAUCGGGGAGGGCGUGCUUGCCGACUACGUCCCCGACACGUCGCCCAUGAUCCCCCCUCUCGUGGUCCACUGCAUCAGCGAGAUCGAGCAAAGAGGCCUUCGCGAGGCCGGACUGUACCGCCUGUCCGGGUCUGACCGCACCGUGAAGGAGCUGAAGGAGAAGUUCCUGCGCAGCAAAACCGUCCCCGUGCUGAGCAAGGUGGACGACAUCCACGCCAUCACCGGCCUCUUCAAGGACUUCCUGCGCAACCUCAAGGAGCCGCUCCUCACCUUCCGCCUGAACCGGCCCUUCAUGGAGGCGGCCGAGGUUUCAGACGACGACAACAGCAUCGCUCUGAUAUACCAGACCAUCAGUGACCUGCCGCAGGCCAACAGAGACACGCUGGCCUUUGUCGCCCUUCACCUGCAGAGAGUGGCUUCGAGUUUGGACACCAAGAUGGACAUCGGUAACCUGGCUCGAGUUUUUGGUCCAACCAUUGUGGGUCAUGCGGUUCCUAACCCAGAACCCAUGACCAUCCUGCAGGACACCAAACGACAGCCUAAGGUCGUGCAGCGUCUGUUGUCUCUGCCGGCCGACUACUGGGGCCAAUUUGUGAUGGCGGAAAGCGAGCCGCCCAACCUGGACCACCUGAUCAUCGAGAACGCCAACUGCUACGCCACCCCCGACAGAGGCAUGAGCAUGCUGGGACCCCUGACCACGCCGGAGCACCAGCUCAACAAAACCCCCUCGUCCAGCUCCUUGUCUCAGCGCAUGAAGUCCUCUCUGACGCCCAGAUUCGGGAGCAAGAGCAAAUCUGCAGUGGGAUUCUCUCGCCAAGGAAAGUUCUUUGCAUCUCCGCUCCUCAAGUGAUCUGAGGAGCAGCUACGUUAACAACUUAUUCAUGCAGCAAUAACACAUAUUCCAUAACUCCUAACAAGGUACUGCUCUCGUAACAGCUGCAAAUGCCUCCGUAUUAGUUAUUCUUUACACUCAUAAUGGUUUUUUAUAUUUCAGUGGUAAUAGUUGUAUUUUGAUAAUUUACGUUUUUUUUUAUAACCAAAUAGCGGGUUCAAUCUAUGCACACUUAUGUCUUUGAUGCUUUUUGCGAAACGUUAAGCGUGACCUCAUAACGCGUGUUUAUGUACUUUAUAUGUGGACUCUUUUUGAGAGGUGUGCUCAUGGAUGAAGAUGGAUGUACCGUAUAUAUUAUAUAUGUGCAGUUUUUGUCGUGACGUGCUUCUGAAACCUAAUCAUUUCUUUUGAGCUCUUCGGCUCAUGUGUCACUCAGAAGUCGGAGAGCUCAUCUGUUGGCAUUUCAAUCUAGGUUUGUAAUCGAAUGUACGUCUCCUCGUAACAAUAAUCUUUUUAGUUUUUCUGUUUGUUUUUUGUUUCUAUCCAGUAAAUGUAAAUGUUCGUGCUUUAAACUUUAUGGGGCCUCGGUGGGGAAGACGUCUGAGCGUGACGUCGGCGAUCCUCAUUGACCUCAUCAGUAGUGGGGACGAAAAUUUUGAAAUGUUGCUGCAAUUCUGUUUUACAGUGUAUUAUCGCACUGCCAGUAUGAUUGGUGCUGUAAACUCUCGUCGGGACGUUUUCACUCCUCCGUAGUUUAGAGCUCCGUGUAAUGUGUGUACCAUGGGAGGUUUUUGCUUGAGCUGUUCAAGUGCAAAAAGGCAAUUAUACUUUGUGAGAUUAGCCAGUUUAGUUACCGUGGCAUUAUUUUAAUUAACUAUAAGCACAGAUUUCUUUUUGUACACAAAUAGACUCUUUGUAAUAUUCACUUACAAAAUACAUUUCUAACAUUGA